CAGCUCAGUCAGUCCACACCUGAAUGCACUCAAAGGUGGUGACACACUUGAUCAUGAUCAGCGCAUUGUCCUGCGCAGAGUCGCUGCCAUCACCAACUCUCCUCUUAUAUAUGAUUGCAUGUUAGCGUACUCCUGGAGCCAAAGGAGACUGAUGGACAAAAUCAAAGCAGCACAGACUCACUGAUCACUGAUGAGCUGAUCUGACCUGGAGGAAGAACAGCUGAAGGAUGAGCCCUGGUGCAGUCUUUGGUCAUUAUGUUAGCUUUACUUUAUUGUUUGUUGUGGUGAUAAGAACAUUUUGACUUAUGUAACUAUCUUUUGAAAAUAAAGAACUGUACAGCUGUAAACAAGCACAUGUUGUUCAUUUUGUACAUUAAAACUACAGUUAAAACUACAUUAAAACUAAAAGGGAAUUUAUGUAAUUGGUAGUAACUUUGUUUUUGUGAAUUUACUUAUGUAACACUAAAUGCAUCCAUUUGGAACAUUUGUACAUUUAAUAUUUUUGCCUACUUUGGUUAAAAAUGACAAACAUUUUAAAGGCCUUCUCAAUGUAAUAUUUGGUUUGAACAGCAGAAGCUUUGAUUGCCAGACACAUUCACUGUGGCAUUGUUCAUGUCAUGCAAGCUUACACAAUGAUAUAUCAUAAAAAUAUCAAAUUUUACUUCUAUUCAUAGUUGCAUUGAUUUUCAACCAAGUUCUUGCGUUGAUGACCAAAGUGGUACAUACAGUCUUUUACUUAUUUGCCCUAUAAAUCCAGGUUGAGACUUCUUUUUGCAAGGCUGUGUGUGUGUCUAAUAGAGCUGCAUAAAAUGGAAACACUCAUGUCAUGUAUAACUAUAUUAGACUUGUACCUAAUUACACUACUUGAGUAAAUGGACUUACAUUAAACCACUGUCAAAGAAUAUUGUGGUUAAUUCACUGGGACAUGAGGCUCAUGACUAAGAUCACAGCUACAACCUUUUGACCAUGUAAGAGCAGUGAAGGUCUCCUAAUGUUCUGUGAUCCAGUGGCGUUUCUGUGGAGUUAAGUCUGUGACCUAAAUAGUGCUCAAACCUAAGCUUUUCAAAUGUUAAACUUAGCAAUGACAUUGUUAAAUGAUUCACUGAAGCUUGCAGCACAUUUCACAAGAACUCAUUUUGUGAAGUCCACCGUAAAACCCUUUACAAAGUUUAUUAUCAGUACAUAUUAGAGGCCAGCAUUGUAAGUGAUGAUAAUGAACUAAGUGAUGCUAAUGCACUGUAGUAAAAAAUUCAUUGUGCUGAAAGGUUCAACCUACAGUUUAGAGCUCCACUUUGCCCUCCACCACAUUUGAUCCAGAAAGUCCUUUUCCAUAGUUGCUGAUUAAUUCAAUUAGUAUUAAAUUAGUUUAAUCCUCACUGUCUUCUUGAGUGAGUCAUACAUUAUAUAUUUCAUUACACACUAUACUCAUCCUCACCCUUCUCAUAAUAAAAACACAAUCAUAUAUUAUUAAGGUGAAGCUCUGCUCCAUCAUCCCCUGAUGAUGGCAGCUCAGUUACUGAACACAGGUACUUUGCAUUCCUAAAAAUAGACAAAGCUUCUUAGGUUCAAACCACAUAAGUUGCUUUCCCCUGUCUACGAAUAAGCGUACAAAGACACUUAGCUUCCAACAAAUCCCUGAGGACAGUGGUUCUUUUAAAGCUGGAAAAGGCGUGGAGCAGGAGGUAGAGGGUAGCUCAGAUGCUGGCGUUGAAGGCGCUCAGUUGAGCUCAAGUCUGUAGGUGAGUCAACUCCAUUGUUUUAGAUGAGCAAGCCCAGCUGCCUUCAGGGACACCACAGGAUACAUCCACCAUGGAUGACCUGGUGGGAAUGGACAACCUGGUGGCUAACACAGCAUACCUGAGGGCUCAGCAGAUAGACCGCACCGAGCUGAGGAAACAAAGACUCACCAUGACGCUGCCCAAGCCAAGGAGGUGUAGUGCUCAGCAGGCAGCUGUGGGACAGAAGUACGAGUCACUGUGUGAGCAACAGCCCAUUGGGAAGAAGUUGUUCCAGCAGUUUCUCCUGGCCUCUAAGCCACAGUAUGCAGCCGCCACCAUGUUCCUGGAGGAACUCAAUAAGUGGAGUUUUGCUGAAGAUCAGACCAGAGAGAAGCUCCAACAACACAUCCUCACUGAGUUCUGUCAACCUGCUUCCAAGUGUUUUAUCUCCUACCUUAGAGGAGAGGCAGCUGAAAUAUUGCAUCAUUUAUCAAAUAAAAACUUUGAUGAGGAGCAAAUGGACAAGAUAAGAGAAGCCACAAAGGACUUCCUGAAGGGGAAGCCGUUCUUGGAGUAUCUGCAAAGCUCUUUCUUUUACAGGUUCCUGCAGUGGAAGGAGUUUGAGAAACAGAAAAUCACUGAUAAAUAUUUUUAUGAAUUCCGGACGUUGGGAAGAGGUGGAUUUGGUGAGGUUUGUGCUGUGCAGGUGAAACACACCGGCCAAAUGUACGCCUGCAAGAAGCUCAAUAAAAGACGCCUGAAGAAGAAAGGUGGUGAGAGGUUGGCUCUUCUGGAGAAGCAAAUCCUGGAGAAAAUUAACAGCCUGUUCAUUAUAAAUCUGGCUUAUGCCUAUGACAACCAGACCCACCUGUGCCUGGUCAUGGACCUCAUGAACGGAGGAGAUCUCAAGUUCCAUAUCUAUAAUCUCGGGAAGAGGGGUAUCCGUAUGGACCGUGUUAUUUACUAUACGGCUCAGAUCACAACAGGGAUCUUACAUCUGCAUUCAAUGAACAUAGUUUACCGUGAUAUGAAGCCUGAGAACGUGCUGCUGGAUGGAAAAGGCCAGUGUCGGCUGUCAGAUCUCGGAUUGGCUGUGGAGCUCCCAAUGGGCAAAACUAUCUGCCAGAAGGCUGGCACAACGGGUUACAUGGCUCCUGAGAUUUUGAGGCAGGAGUAUUACAAUACGUCUGUGGACUGGUGGGCUGGCUGCAGCAUCUAUGAAAUGGUGGCUGCACGUUUGCCUUUUAAAGACUUCAGAGAAAAGGUGCAGAAUGAUGAGGUGACCCGCCGUACUCUGGAGGACAAGUGCAAGUUUGAACACAAAGAUUUUGAUGCUCCGACCAAAGAUCUAAUCAACCGAUUUCUCAAGAAGAAGGUGGAGAACCGGCUCGGUUGCAAGGGUGAAGAUCCACGAAAACAAGCUUUUUUCCAGAGUAUUAACCUCCAUCGUCUGGAGGCGGGGCUGGUGGAGCCCCCAUGGGUGCCAAAAUCCAACGUGGUCUACGCCAAGGACACGAACGAGUUCAAGGACGUCUCUGAGGAGGUGGACAUCCAGCUCAACCACAAAGACGAGAACUUUUUCCAGGAAUUCAGCACAGGUGCGGUGUCCAUCCAGUGGCAGAAGGAGAUGAUUGAGAGUGGAGUGUUUGAUGAACUGAACAGUCACCAAAUGAACGGACAGAGCUGUGAGCCUAGGUGGAAAUCCAAGACGUGCAGCAUUUUGUAAACAGCUCCUUCAUAUAUUAGUGCAGCAUUCACUUUGAGCCCUUGAAUUCAUCUGAAGUGCCUGGCAUUAGACAUAAAGUUCUCCAAGUAUUGUUACAUAACCACUUCUUGCCUUUAUUUCAGAGGGUAACCUUUUGUAUACUACCUGUGUUUGCUACGGUGCUUGAGACAAACACUCGUUUCAGUUUAUUGUGAACGGAUGGAAACUGCUGCUUUAUUCUUUGCCCUCUAUUCCUGGUGAGACAACAGACCCCUGUGCAUUCAUACUUUCCAUUACAUCACUCAACCAUUUUGGCAUGCCUAAGUGUUUGCAUGUGUUUGUAAACAGGCUGCAUAAUGGCUGCAGUGGCAACACAAUUAUUAUCGCUAUUGGCAACGGCGUGCCACAUUGUUUCAGAUGACUAAAGUGUCACUUGAAUGCCAUGAAUGCCUUUCGCCUUGAGCUCAGGUGACCUCAGCGUUGCAGACUGAUGGGAAAUCUCGCAGUGGCAAACAUUCACCACUAAGUGCCGCCAGAUACCCAUGAAGUGCAUUUUACACCUCUUCAUCAUCAUCAUCAUCAUCAUCAUCCUCAUUAGCCUGGCUUUACUGCUGUGGUAUUUACAAGCACUGGAUGACUCAUUUGCUUUUAACAAGGAGAUGCAGGGAGACAAAUUGUCGUCUACAUGUACUUUUUUCCACAAAAAAAAAAAAAAAAGAUGUGAACAUAAAAUAUUUGGCUUGAUCCAGGCAGUGCCAGCCCUGUUUAUUACCCCCCAAAAUCACACUAUGUUUAUGAGCAAUAAUUAGAAAUGUUAACUACGUUCAACAUAGCAACAACAAACAACAAAGCUUGUUUGUUAAAAGCUAAAAAUCUAAUUAGCUGUCACAGAUGGUCAGUUCAUGUAUCUGUAAAUCGACUGCAAAUAUUUUUUCUGUUGCAUCACAAAAGUUUCAAUAGGAAACUAAACAGACAAAAAAAAUCUCUCAGGGUUUUUUUCCCCCUCUCUUUUAUUUGAUUGUAAACUGCAGACAUCCUCAGCUGGGCUUGAACAGUCAUGUUAUAUAGAUUAUUUUGGACAAACAAGACUCACUUACAUGUUGUUUAUCAUUAC